AUGGGCAAAGCAGGCCGCAUCGCGUGUAUCUUCACCCCUUAUGUCGUCAGCGUCGCCGCGCUGGUGGCUAUCAUUUUCGUCGGGUUGGGCAGCACAAAGUCAGGCUCCGGCACUCUCGACAACCUCUACUUCUUCAGGGCUGAUCUGAGCAAUUUAACCUCGUCGGGAGGCUCGUCCCUCGCCGAUGCACUUGCCAGCGACCUGGGCGACCUCGCCAACCUCGGCAGCGAUUCCUUCGAAGUUGCCCUAGCAAAGUCCAAGGCCGAGGGAAAUAUUCGCGAUUUUUAUGAUAUCGGUUUGUUGGGCUACUGUUCCGGCAACAAGACCAGCAGCGGCAGCUUCGAGGUCGAUUACUGCUCGGAACCCAAGGCUGAAUUCGCCUUCGACCCCGUCACGGUCUGGAAACUCAACACAUCGAGCAGCGAUUCCGACAGCAUUCUGCCAAGCAACCUCAAGAAAGCCAUCGACACCUACAAGACCGUCUCCAAGUGGAUGUUUAUCGCCUAUGCGAUCGCAUUCGGCGCCACCAUCGUCGAGCUUCUUGUCGGCCUCUUUGCGAUCUGCAGUCGUCUGGGCAGCUUGUUCACCAGCAUAUUCGCUGGUAUUGCCUUCUUCUUCACCAUCGCCUCCUCGAUUACUGCGACGGCUUUGUUCGCUGCUCUGACGGGAACGUUCAACUCGGCGCUGAAGCAGUAUGGUAUGCACGGCUCGAUGGGCAAGAACAUCUACGUUGCCACCUGGAUUGCUACCGCCUUUGCGUUCGGUGGAUCACUGUUCUGGCUGCUGAGCUCGUGCUGCUGCUCCGGUCGCUCGCCGUACCACGGUGACCGCCGCCGCGGCCGUGGCAUCUCCGCCGAGAAGGCCCCCUACACAUACGAGCGUGUCGGCAGUCCGUAUGGAGGCGUUCAGCCUACAACCCCGUACAUGCACCAGCAAGCCCCGCAUGAUGUCCCCAUGGACACAUUCCACCAGAGCAACAACUACCAACAACGCCAAAAUGCGUACGAACCAUUCCGUCACGUAUAA